AUGUUUUUACAUUACCUAUGUUUUCCUUCCGUUGAAUCCGUCAUUUACCGUGAGACCUCCUGGCUUUGGAGAUCUUCGCAUCUCUUCCUGGCCUCAUUUUGCUCGUCAUCCCUCAUCCAGAAGUACAAUGCAAAGUUCCAGCACCGCCCAAUCUUCAUCUUCAUCAUCAUCCUCAUCCUCAUCCUCAUCCCCUCCCACUCUCUCUCUCUCUGUUCUCCCGCACCCCCAGAGAUUCGACUCCGCAGAACUCCGUUACGCCCUUCCUUCGGCUACGAAGGUCACUUCUUCCAGGGCUCUGCGGUCUCGGCGUGGCUGGGCUUCGCGUGCACCUUCCUGGCGCGGCCCUUCGGCGGCUUGGCGCUGGGCGUCAUCGGCGACCUCUUCGGGCGGAAGGCCUCAACCUUUCUGUCCAUCUUUGGGAUGAUGGUUGGCACUGUGGGGCAAGGUCUACUGCCCACCUACCAGAAUGGCCCCGUCUGGGGCAGCCUGGGUCUCACGCUGCUGGUGUUCCUGCGGCUCUUGCAGGGCAUCUGCACGGGCGGCGAGAUCGCGGCGGUGUCCACGUACAUCACCGAGGUGGGCCCCAAGGAUUCCCUGGCGCGCUCCAUGAUGUUGAUCGGCAUCACCUGCAACGUGGGGUUCCUGCUGCGCAGCCAGCGUCCUAUGGCUUGGAACUCUUGGGUGAGGAGUUAUGGUUGGCGCUUGCCCUUCCUGGCAGCUUUGGUGCCAGGGAUUGUGGCCACCUGCGGCCGGCACUGCAUGCCGGAGUCCCGCAGCUUCCUGGACGCCGCCGACGCCCUCGUCGACGCCCCGCAGGGCGGGUGUGGGACUGGGGCGCCGGAGUCCUCUUCGCGCUCGCGGGAGGCCAGGAAGAAGAUGAAGGAUCUGGUGACGAGGUACUGGGCCACACUCUUGUUGGGCAUGGGAGGGGUUGCCUCAGUGGCUGUCUUGCAAUAUGGAUGCUUCGUCUGGUGCAGCGUGCUGCUGCAAAAGAAGGGCACUGAUGCGACGAUUCUGCUGGCCUCGGGUGUGGCAGCUCGCGUGGGCUCCAUCGUCUUGGCGCCCAUCAUGGCAUGGCUCGCAGAUCUGCAGGGCAUCGGGUGGAAUCUCUUUUGGGGUUCCUUUGUGAUGUUCCUCCUGGGCCUCCCAUGCUUUCUGGCAAUGUUGACGCACUUUGACAACUUUGCCGUCGUGCUUGCCAGUUACGGCCUAGGCUACGGCUUUCUUCUCUCUGCCCUUGGCAUGACCUAUUUCCUCUAUGUUGUGGAGCUCUUUCCGGUUCAUGUACGCAAUGCUGGGGUGGGCCUCAGCUACAACAUCGGCAUGUGUUGUUUCGGUGGUUUCGCUCCGAUGAUCUUCGAAGCCAGCUUCGAACAUUACACAUGGGCUCCUGGUUGGCUGAUCUCAUUGGCGGGACUGAUCACCAGCUCCACUGUGAUCAUUGGCUUGAUGCUGCAGAGGAACCAGAAGAUCCAGUUGGCCUACAUCAGGCCUCAACCGUACUUCUCUCCUUGCGGAUGUGCGAAGGUGGCGGUGGUGAGAGAGAAAGCUGCUCAGGACUUUGUAGAGGAGCGCACGUCGGCCACGGUGCCGUACUGCACGGAGGUGACGAUUGCUCGAGCGUGUAUCAUCUUGGAAGCCAUCUUCAGUAGCUUCAUGGCGGCGAUGGUGAUCCUGGCACGGCGCUUCUCGCCGCUACUGCUGCUGGCGGCAGUGGGCUGCGGUGUGAUUGGAGUUCUCUUCGCCUUUGGUGCCGCCGGCUUAGGAGUCAUGACGAGCACCACGGGCCUUGGAGGCUACGGCUUCCUGCUCCUGGGGGGCUCCUUAGUCACCGGCGGCCUCGGGGUGGCGGCCGUCUUCUACGCGGCGGCCAAGGCCAUGCCUCCACCGCCUGAUGGGCUGGAAGAAGUACGGAAGACACGGAUGUCGAACCUCCAGGAGUCAACGCAGAGAGAGAAAGAUCUCGCUGCGAUGCUGGAAGAGAAUGUCCAGAGGCGAAGAAGGGAGUCAGAGGCUGAAUCGGGCACCGGACAGCCAGCCGGACCACGCACCGUCCGGAGAGUCCCGGUGAUGCUUCAAAAGGUCAUCUUCUGGACCCAGGAGAAUGAGGAGAACGAGGAAGCGGAACUGCCCAUGGAGUUGCUGCAGGCUGCCUAUCAAGAGAUUGAUGAAGAUGGCAGUGGUUCAGUGACGCUAGUUGAGCUGGUGGACGCCUUGAAACUCUGCGGGCUCAAUGCCUCAGAGGCGGCGGCGACCACCGUGAUGCAGGAGAUCGACAAGAACAUGAACGGCACCAUUGACAUUCAUGAGUUCGUGAUGUUCUUCAGGACGCUGGAAGAGAUGACCCGCUUCCAGCGGAAGACACAGCAACGAGCACAGUUCCUGUCUUAUGUGCUGAACUUCUGCUUCCUUCUUCACAUCAUCCUGGUGGGCGUUCUGCUCAUGAUCUUCAUCAGAAUGGAUGAGGCCACUGGUGGGGACACCUAUCCAAUCCUUCGGAAUUGCUUGAUGGUCUUCUCCAUCGUCCUGGUGGUGCUCUUCCUGCUAGUCAUCGGCAUUCCAGCUGCACGCAUGACAUUAGGUGUGCAGGUGGCAGCCUGGCAACAUCACUACAACACCUCCCUUCAGCCAUCGGCCAAGUUCAAGAACAAGCAGCGCUCGGUGGAGAGCAGUGGAGCAGGAGGUGUGCGGAGCGCUGCUUGGGCCGAAGGUGCAGGCACGGCGCAGCCGCAGGUGAACGCUGCCAAGUACGGCGCCAGCUAUCGGGUCUCCAAGAUGACUUACGAUGCGGCCGGGGAGCAAGCUGCUCUCCAACAGCAGGCCGAGGCGGUGCCCGCCGCGCGGCCGAGCGUCGGGGCGCCGGGGCACCUGUCGCACCGGAGCCAUCGGAGCGAGCACUCGCAAGUGCCGAGUGGUGCGGGCAGCGCGGUGCCGACGACCCGGCCGCAAGGUGCCAUCCUGAGCAAAACGGGUGAGUUCGUCCGGUACGACCCGGCCGCCUACAGGAAUGCCGCGAUGAAUUCCAUGGGCGCUCGGAUGCCCAUGAGCUUCACCCCGAUGCAGGUGCAGAACAUGGGCACCUCUGCUGAUGAGCCGGGACAAGUGCCUGGCGUGAUG